GAGGUGGGAAGGGGAGGGAAGAAGAAGCAGGAUAAAGUUUCCUGAGCAACAGAGUAAAACCACUUAUGAAAGAAGAGAGCUGCAAGUGCAAAGUGAGGCUGUAAAGAUCCCGGCAGGACUAUGAAUUCCUUAAUAUGCUCAGUCACUUUUUCUCCUCCUUUAGAUCUGUAUAUAUUUUUUUGGGGGUAUGGCUUAGUGUAAUCUGUGUUAGCCACCCCAGACUCCAGGGCGCAGCAAGAAUUGGUUGCCCGGCAGAGAUUGCUCUUUAAGGGCUGAACAGAAUUGUACUGGAAACCUUAGGGAGGCUCUCAUUCCUCCCGGCUUGCUUUAGAGAGGGAUUUGCCUAUUGGAGGUGGUCCUUGGUGCAGGUAUUGUGUGCAUGUGUGUACACAGUUCAUGCAUCACAGGUAUUUGACAGUCUGUGUGAGAGAGGAACAUUCUUGUUGAAUAAACAGGUGCAGACAGUGCCCGGAGGGCAGCACUGACUGUCUGGCCACAGCAGAGAGAGGAGGUGAACAUGAGUAGCCCCAUCGCGAAGCCGACCUGCCUGUCACAGCCGAUGGUGAAGAGUGUGCUGGUAUAUCGCAACGGUGACCCGUUCUUCCCGGGACACCGGGUAGUCGUCCAUGAGAAGAAGGUGUCCAACUUCGAGGUCUUCCUGAAAGAGGUGACAGGUGGGGUGAAGGCGCCUUUUGGGGCUGUGCGUAGCAUCUACACCCCCCGAGGCGGACAUCGCGUCCGUCAGCUAGAGGAGCUCCAGAGCGGAGAGCACUACGUGGCUGGUGGCAGGGAGGCUUUCAAGAAACUCAACUAUUUGGACAUAGGAGAUGCAAAGAAAAAGCCUGCAGAAGUCAAUAAUGAGUUAACAGUGGAAGAUGUGAAGCCAGUUACUCACAGUAGAAUCAAUGUGUCAGCACGGUUUCGAAAACCACUUCAAGAGCCAUGCACUAUUUUUCUGAUUGCUAAUGGAGACCUUAUAAAUCCAGCAGUGCGCCUCUUCAUUCCUAGAAAAACACUAAAUCAAUGGGAUCAUGUUCUUGAAAUGGUGACAGAAAAAGUAACCCUCAGAAGUGGAGCUGUGCACAGGCUUUAUACUUUAGAUGGAAAACUUGUUCAGAGUGGGUCAGAUCUGGAGAAUGGGCAGUUCUAUGUCGCAGUGGGCAGAGACAGGUUUAAGAAGUUGCCUUAUGGUGAUCUACUGUUUAGCAAGUCUACAAUAAGAAGACCUCAGGGUUCCAAAGCCUCUUCACUGCCUCCUGUUGUGGGAUCCCGAAAAUCUAAAGAGAGUGGAAAUGAUCGCCAAUCUAAAUCUACUGUUGGCUCCCGUGAUGCAGGAGACAUGGUGUCAUCUCCUCAGCCUCCAAAGAGAAAGGAAAAGAGACAACAGACGCAAGAGAAGAUCAAUUUUUCUAACAAACCCACAAAAGUGAAGCAAAAUAUAAGAGCAACAACUUAUAUCCUUCAAGAUAAUGAUGAAGGUAUUUACAAAGCUGGUGAAAAGCGGUCUGAAAUGUGGGAGGCAGCAGAAAUCCAGGAAGAUGAAGACACUCAGGUAGAGGUUCCAGUGGAUCAGAGGCCAGCAGAAACAGUAGAUGAGGAAGAAAAUGAAGAAGAGGGAGAUGAGGGAGAAAUGAAUGGAGAUCAGGGAGAGGAAAUGGGGGAGGCCGUUAAUGGAAAUGUUCUCCACAAUGAGAUAGAAGAAAAUGAAGAGAAAAUAAAUGAGAAUUAUGGAGAAGAGCAGGAAGAAGAGAAUCUUGGACAGCUGGAGGAAGAGGGGCCUUUCCGCUUAAAUGGUGAAACUAAUGAAGAAAACGAUGAGGAAAUGAAGUCGUUUAAUGAUCACAAUGAUCUUCAUCCUGAAGAAGAAACAAAAGCACCAGAGGACUUUGACAAUCAAAGCCAGACUGAUUUUCAUCUGGAAAAAACAUCAAAUCCAAGAGUAACUGUCACCAGCCCACAAGAAAGUGAAAAAUAUGACCAAACCAAUGACCAGCAAAACAAGAAAUCAGUUAUUCACCCAGCUUUACUAUAAGGUAAGACAGCUUCAUUCAAAUAUAAGCCCAUAAGCUAAUAUGGUCACUUUUCAAACUAGAAAGUUUACCCAGUCACAAUGUUAAAUUUUAACUAACUUUUUACAACAAAUAUUAAGAAAUUUUAAAUCUCUGUAGUAGAUUAAUAGAUUAAUGGAAGAAAAUUUAACUUCUGUUUUAGUUUUGAAAGUUGGAUUGCGGCUGAUUUAUCAGCCAGUGAGAAACUAAUUUAUAAAUGAAAACACUGGCCCUGAUCCUCCGCUGGCAUAACUCAGUUUAGCUCCACCGAUGUCAAUGGAGCCAUCUCUGUUACACUACUGGUGAUUUGGCCCACUAGUUUUUUUGCACAAAACUCUGCUAUAAGUGCUCUAUGUAUUAAUCCUGAGCAUAGUCCUUACAGUUUAAAAAUGUUACUUCACCUGUCGCAGUAAGAUGGGUCCAGAUACGCUGAGGUUUCAUUUGCACUAGUACGUAAGAGCAUCAUCCAGAGCACUGAUUGUCUUUAUUACAUGGAUUUCCACUGUCUUUAUUUUUUUUCUAAACUUCAACAGAUAAUGCCACUAUGUUGCAAGUCAUAGAAAUGAAAUUUCUCGGAUCUUAGCAUAUUUUAGCUAACUAUAGAUAUGUGAUAGAGGUUUCUUGGUUUUGAUUUUGAGGUAGGUUUUUUUUUGUUAAUGCCUAGCAAAUUAUUACUAAACACUCACUUUUUGUGGUUAUCAUGCAGUUAAUUUUUUUAAGUUCAUUCUAAGCUGCUGAAACAAACUUAAAAAAUGUAAAAAAAGCAUUCACAGUAAUUGAAAAACCACCUAAAUUGCUAUAUUUUCUCUAGCAGAUAUUUCGAUAUUUCUCCCCAAUGGAAAAGUAAUGUAUGUUGAUCCUUCAAUAUAUCUCAGAGUGUUAGCAAUAUAAAAGGUGACAUUAAAAACCAGAGAAACAAAGUCUGUACGUAUUGCUAGAACUCAGAGAUAAACUUUUACAGUGUUUAGAUUUGGGUAUGGUUUAUUGAACUGGGCUGGACAAAGCAUGGGGAAUAUUCCUGUUGGAACAAUUCUGCACUGGGUCCCCAAUUCAGCAAAGCCCUUACCUGUGCUUAACACCACCUUUAUUCAGCAAAGCACAUGGGCAUGUCCUUAAGUGCUUUGCUUAAGUCCCAUUGACUUCAGUGGGACAUAAGCAUGUGUUUAAAGUUAAGCACAUGCUUAAAUGUAUUUUAUUUACAUUUUAAGCAAUGGUUAAAAAGAUCUGUAGAAGAUCUCUAGGCACUCUGACAAUUAAUCUUCCAGUAGUUACACUGAUUGCAUUUAGUUAAUUUGCUCCUGUUUUAUCAGCUAUCAAAAGCCCUCUGUAUCUUCUCUGGUACAUAUGCUCUACUUUCUGUAAAACACCGUAGCAAAUAAAUGGCUGUUAUAGCAUGCUUUGCUCAGUCAGAAUUGGGUCGUUCAUGUGCCUAGUUAGAAUUAAGCACAUGCCUAAGUGCUUUGCUGAAUUGGGAACUAGGGCACUGAUCAUGGGAUUGUUGUAGCUACGUUGAGCCCCGCAGAGGUCAGUGGGAUCCGUGUGGUGCAGAGGUGCACCUCUUGUUACAGGAUUAGGGUCUAGAUGACCUAAUAGGUCCUUUCCAUCGUCAGUACCUGUGAUUUUUUCCUAUACUCCUAGGAUCAACAAUAGAUAGCAAAUGUGAAAACUUUAAGGGAUAGAUACAAUUUCAAAAACAUCUUUGUGUGAAAACUUUGUAUCUAACAGUAGGUACAUGAAGGUCCCGAUAACAAAUUUUCUCUUUUUCUACUUUGUUUAUUCUGUGUAUUGGUAGCACGCUAUAUAGUCAGUGGCAUUGUUUCCCUGUAAGUCAGUGCCUCCCUUUCUUAAAAGACUUUUAUAAACAUCAAUGGGAGAGAACAUAAACUUUCAUAUUUUUUCAUUUUUUAAAAAAUUUCAGGACAUGCUAUUUAAAGGGUUAAACUGAAUUUUGUUUUCAAAUUAGUUUUAAAAAGUUCACGUUGAUAGUAUAUAGUUAACUCUAAUGUAAGAUUAUUUCAUUUAUUGUCUGACAGCAGGCAGUUUUCAUUCAUUCUUACAAAUUUCUCUCUGAUGCUUACCUAGGAAACAUCUGAGCAUAUGUUUCUUCAGGAUAGCAAAUAAGACUCUUUAGAAAAUAAAAAUAUAGGCAUUUUCAGUAUGUCAUCUCCGUAGUGAUAUAUAGUAUCAUUCGGAACAUGAAUGUUGUACCAGGUACUUUUCAAUAUGAAGAGAAAGGAUAAGCAUAGUCUAUAACUGGUAGUUCUUAUGACAUCACAGUGAAAGUGAUAGAUCUUAUAUCACUGAAUCCUUGAGUGGGUGGCCUUAUUAAGAGUUUUCCCUUUAAAAUAUUCAGUGGUGUAGGGAUAAAGAAGUGGCCUAAACUAAAUUCCACAAUUCCCAAAUGAGAAUUGGGGAAACUCUGUUUACCCUUGACCACACUACUGAAGAUAUUUCCUUUGGACACCAACAUUUAGGUAUCACCGAUCACUUUUGAAAAUCUUAGCUAAAGGAGGCAUCUCAUUAUUAUGCUUAUAAAUGCACAGGUCAGGACAGGACUUUAUAUUUGUUCUGCACAGUUGGCAUUCAACAAAUACUUUAUUGAAUUGUUUAAAGCUAAAUAGCUUUAUCUGUUCACCAGGGAUAGCCCAGGAAAUUUUCAAAUCAGCUGUGCCUUCCCAGUCUGUACACAUUCUAGGCAGUUAAAGGAGGAGAUUAAGCCACCAAUGCAGCAAAGGAUUGAAUCAUGUGCUUAAAUCCCAUGGGACGACAGCAUGCACUCAAAGUUAAGUACAUGCCUAUGUGUUAUGAUGAAUUGGGUCUACAUAAAGUAAGUUCAUAUAAGGAAAUGGAAAUGCCUCACCAAUUUCAGUGUAUGAAGUGAAGACAAGUUAAAAAAAUCCAAUCUAAAAUAAAGCUAAAUAAAUAUUUCUUGUCUGUUAGCAGAAAAGAAAUACUCCCCUAAAAUGGCAGUCUGUACAAAAUACUGAAAAAGAGUGUUGGCCAUGGGUAUCUUAAUGUCUGGCUCAAACACCCAUUAAGUUGGCCUUUAAAUUAGUCAGAUACCAAAUCAAGUACCUUAAGAAGGUUAUUACAAUUAUUUUACUAUAAAAGUUACUUAUUUCAUAAACCACAACAGCAGCCUAGUGCACAGGAGGAUUGGGGAAUCCUGCUAGUGGCUGGCUAAGAACUCAACACACACAGCUAGCCUGUGCUAAAUAUCUAUUUUAUUACUCAUCUUCUUUCCCAUCAUGUCUGAUUGUAGGCUGUUGGGAAUGGAGCUGUCACUUCCAGUAUUUGUACAGCUGCUAGAACAAUGGGUGAGGACUUUGGGCACUACUGCAAUAUAAUUGUUAAAUAAUCACAGGAGGAGCAAUUGCAUAGGAACACUGUUCAUAGAUAUAUCAUUUGGGUGAUUGAAAUCCCUCUAUGUAGCCUCUAGGCAAACAAAGCACUUUAGACAUGCCGGUAUAUAGUAAAACCAUUCACCUGCUUAUGGAUUAUUGUUUAUGGGCACAUCAGGGUAUGCGUCAAAUAUGUACAGGUGUAUACACCUAAUGUGUGAUUGAAGCUUCUGUUACUUUGUCAAUGGAAAGUAAGAUGCUUCUGGUUCAGCUGCUACUCCUUAUACUUAGUACUGGCUCUAAUGGUAUUUCUCAUUAUAUUUACUUACUGAAAAGGGAAUUAUACAUAUAUUUAAAGUUUUAAGCACAUCCUUCAGUGCUUUGCUGGGUUGAGAUGAGAACUCUUGAAGAAUUGAGCCCUGAAUGCAGAGGAAAAGAACAGCCUAGACCUGGCAGAGAUGCUGUCAAUGGAUGAGGAGCUCAGAAAGAGAUGUGUAUGGGGCUGGAAAAUUCUGGGAGAUAAUUAAAGCCUUUACAACUAUAGGGCGUAGCUCUUUUAAACUGAUUGAAGCCAACUCCUGGCAUAUCCUGUACUGCAGAGCUCCAGUGCUUAUUUUGUGCCAGGGCUUGGCAGUUCAUAGCCUCUGGGCUUGGCAGUUCACAGCCUCGGCCACCUCUGGGCUUGCUACAUCAGUUACGAAUGUAAAAAAUUGCUUGAGCCCUCGCCACCUCUUUCAUUACAAAUGAAGCACUGCAGAGCUCCCACUGGUUUCAAAUCAGUGAUAUGAUGUGGCCUUCUUUAUAGGAUCAUUUUUACUCUUAGGCCUUAAUCCUGCAACAAUUUACUCACAUGCUUGACUAGGCACACUAGCUAGCCCCAUGGAAGUCAGUGCAAAAGGUUAAGAAGGUGGCUUAAUGGGCCCCAGGCCUUAAUUUCAUCACUUGUUCUUUGAUGUAUGCUUGCAGGGAUGUGGAGUAUGCUUGGAUCAGUUGUUUAAAUUACUUCAGUAAGUGUAAAAUAAUCACAGGGGUUUAAUGUGAGCUUUCCUCUCUUCUAAAGAGAGAGGCUCCACCCCUAUAUAUUUUUUUCCUCCACAAUUUAAAUUUUUUUAAGGGACAGUUAUUCUGGCUGCUCAGGGCAGUCCCAGGCCUGGCGUAAAUCAGGGGAGCUUCCACUGACUUCAAUAGAACUCUACCAGUUUACACCAGCUGAGGAGAUGGCCCACACAUUUGUUUAACGUGACUCCAGAAAAUUUUCAAAGUGAUUCAAUACAUUUAGAACUGGUGGUAGUGGGGCUUCCUAGUUGUAGGCUGAGAUAUUUAGGCUCUGAAUUCUAGCUACAAUAUUAUGUAUAUUUAAGUCAGAACAUGCCCUUUAAACAUGGGUGCUGACACCAUUCAACGUUUGUUGUAUUAUUUCUUUCUUGUGUCUUUCAUGUAAUACGUAGAUAUUGUGGUUAUAAUGUUACUUUACUGUUUGCAUGGGGAAAAAAACCCUGAAAUCCUAACUCCGUUUCAAGCUCCCUAUUUGGAAUUUUACUUAAAGGUGUUUACAUUUCCCAAUCUCCAAAGUGAAAGAAAGAAAAGGCUGAGCAAAGCCAACCCCUCCCCACCGCACCACUGCAAGCAGAUGGUCUGAGCAUUGAUUGAUUAUCUCCAGCAGAGAGACCAGCGCAAUUCUGCCCCAUUCCCUAGUUCUGAUGCCCGAGGGAGCCUUGGCAUCUACAAAGGAAGCUCAAGGUUUCCCUCAAUAAUAUGCUUGUCCUCAAGUUACCGUAGAUGAGAAAUCAAGUGGCAAUUCAAGUGGUGUCAAAGAAAUGGCUCAAUAUGUUCAAGAGUACCUUUCAUAGCUGGAUACCUUCCUAUUUUCCUUCUGUCCAGAGAUAAAGUAGCUAUGACAAUAUCCUUUACCUACCCUGCACACAGUCUUAUAUGGGUAAUGAUAUUUUUAAAAACAGGCAUUAAAUAAAAUAUACUUUGCAAAACAAAUAUAUAAAUCAAAUAUUAUAUUGUAAAAUGGUAGAAUGCUUUUGUGAAUGGAAACACCCUAUUUAUUUUAUAAAGAGAAU